AUGUUAAACGAUAGUAAGUCGUUUUCGAUUGAAUAUUUAAUAGCAAAAGCAUCAUCACCAUCACCAACACAUUGUGUUUUAUUUCAUACAAAUAAUGAACAAAAAUCUCAAACAAAAAUUAGCUCAUCAUCAUCAUCAUUGGAUUUCAAACGUAUGCGUACAGCAUUUACCAGUAUACAAUUACUUGAAUUAGAACGAGAAUUUUCUUCAAAUAUGUAUUUAUCACGUUUACGUCGAAUUGAAAUAGCAUCAUGUCUUGGUUUAACAGAAAAACAAAUUUGGUUUCAAAAUCGUCGUGUUAAAUAUAAAAAACAACGAACAACUACUUCAUCGGAAAAGAAAAAUUUACGAACAUAUCAUACAGUUCAACAAACAAAUGAAAAACAUAUGAUUUUAUAUAAUGAUAAUAAAAAAUAG